ACUGAGCCGGAGAAUUGACAUCGCGGAGCAGUACUGCAAUAUCCAUCGAUUCGCGACCGAAGAUUAUCCAUCUGCAUUCUCGCAAGACUGGUGCCACCUGUACAUAUUAAUCCAUAACAACUUUGUCAUUAAAGCAAUCAUGUCCAUGGGAAGUGACUUUGGGAACCCUUUACGGAAAUUCAAACUUGUUUUUUUAGGGGAGCAAAGCGUUGGGAAGACAUCGCUGAUAACAAGGUUCAUGUAUGACAGUUUUGACAACACUUAUCAGGCAACUAUUGGCAUUGACUUUUUAUCAAAAACCAUGUAUCUGGAGGACCGAACUGUGAGGUUACAGCUAUGGGACACUGCAGGGCAGGAGCGUUUUAGGAGUCUUAUCCCGAGCUACAUUAGAGACUCCACAGUGGCUGUGGUGGUGUAUGAUAUCACAAAUAUCAAUUCAUUCCAGCUAACCUCUAAAUGGAUUGAUGAUGUCAGAACAGAGAGGGGAAGUGAUGUCAUUAUCAUGCUGGUGGGCAAUAAAACAGAUCUAGAGGAAAAGAGGCAAAUCACUAUAGAGGAGGGGGAGCAGCGGGCCAAAGAGUUGAAUGUGAUGUUUAUCGAGACUAGUGCAAAGACCGGCAGUAAUGUUAAACAGUUGUUUCGGCGAGUGGCCGCUGCUUUGCCUGGUAUGGAGAGCUUGGAUGAUAAUAACAAAGAAGGAAUGAUUGACAUUAAGCUGGACAAACAGCCGGAUCCUCCGGCCACUGAAAGCGGCUGCUCCUGUUAGUAGAAAGUGGUUUGGACCUUCAUUAACACCACACGCUUGUUCUGUUGCUUCCUAUGGGUCCACGUCCAGUUGAACUUUAUGAUCGGAUAUAGGCUUUUUACAUCUCUCUGAAUGGGUCUAAAAUUAUACUCCUCAGUUGCAAGAACAAAAAAAAAGUCAACACUGUCUGUUCAAUUGCCAAAAUAAUAUCAUAAGUAAAUCAAAGUGACUAGCUUACAGAUUCAUAUAAGACGGGAAGUGGCAUGUGUACCAUCUUCGGCCAAAAAAAAAAAAAAA